AUGGCCGCAGAACAGCGGAAGCUGCUUGAGCAGCUCAUGGGCGCCGGCGCCUCCUCACGACACGCACAGCUCUCUAUCACCGAUCCAAAGGUCUGCCGUUCUUAUAUCGUCGGCACAUGUCCGCAUGACCUCUUCACGAACACAAAGCAAGAUCUCGGUCCCUGCCCCAAGGUCCAUAGUGAACCUCUCAAGUCCGAGUAUGAAGCCUCGCCCGACAAGAGCAAGCACGGCUUCGAGUACGACUAUAUGCGAGAUAUGCAGAAGUACAUCGAUGAGUGCAAUAGAAGGAUCGAUGCCGCGCAAAGGCGGUUGGAGAAGACGCCGGAUGAGAUUAGGCAGACCAACGAUCUCCUUAAACAAAUAUCCGACCUGACUCACUCCAUCAACACUGGCCUUCUCGAAAUCGCAAUCCUUGGCGAAUCCUCGUCCAUCGCUCUCGCCGUUCUCGAACACCAUAAAAUCCGCACCGCCAAAGCCGCCAAAGAAGAAAAAGAACGAGAACUGAAAUCGCUCUCCGACACCUCCGGGCCUUCAGGUCACCAGAAACUGCAGGUCUGUGAUGUGUGUGGCGCGUAUCUGAGUCGACUAGAUAAUGAUAGGAGAUUGGCGGAUCACUUCUAUGGGAAGAUGCAUUUAGGCUAUGCGCAGAUGAGGAAGACAUGGGAGGGGCUGCAGAAAGAAUUGAAGGGGAGGGCGCCGCCGCAGAGGGAGGAGGCGGAUAGGGGACCACCCAGGGACGAGGGGUGGGGUGGUGAUAGGGGUGGCUUUGGUGGUGGCCGAGGAGGGUUCAGAGGCGGUGGGGGCUUCAGGGGGGGAGGGUUUAGAGGGAGAGGCCGCUGGUGA